GUGUGGUAAAUUUCAUCAGUGAGCUUCAGGAGCAGAUGUGCAGGUUUCAGGAGGAGAUCAGCACUCGUAUCCAGGAGAAACGGGCCCUGGAGGAGAGGGAGGCCCAGCAGGGGGAGCCCAGAGGCAGCCCGGCCCGGGGCCACGGCCCUCAGGUCGGGUUAGCCGGCUCAGACCGUAACCUGUCCGGCUCUGACGCCCAGAUGCACAAUGGAGGACUGAAUGUACACGAUUUGCUACAGGAAGUGAAGCAGCUGAAGAGCAAAGUGGAGGAACUGGAGGGAGAGAAAGGACAGUAUGAGAGGAAACUUAGAGCCACAAAGGCGGAGAUAUCGGAGCUGCAGCAGCUCCUCGCCUCCAAAGACGCUGAGAUCGAGUGCCUGCAGACCCAGCUGCUGGCCAGAGGCGGCUCAGCCAAUGACAACACAGAGAGAGACCAGGAAUACCAGCGUCUGAAGGUGGGGAUGGAGAGUUUGUUGGCUUCAAAUGAUGAAAAGGACCGACGAAUCGAGGAGCUGACCAUCCUGCUCGGCCAGUACAGAAAGAUGAGGGAGGUCAUGGCGCUCACUCAGGGGAGCAGUGAGGAGGAGCUGAGCAGCAGUCUGAGACUCAGAGCCAUCACACACAAAGCACACUCUGACAUUGUCAGGUCAGAGUUGUCGUCUCGAGGGUCCUCUCCGCUCAUGCUGUCUUCGUCUCCUUACCAGAGAGAUUUGGACUCCAGCAUCCUGAACUCUGUGGACACGUCGCUGGUGUCUGCUGGAGAAACGAGCUUCUUUAACGGAUCCUGGCAUCAGCGCAGGUUGCUGUCCAGCAGUCUUGAGGAGCUGCAGAGCGGAUCUUUACAAAAGAGUCCUCCCAUGGAGCUGAGUAAGUACCAGACUCUGCCGGGGAAACUGAAAAGUAAAAAGAGCGAGCUGCGGGUCGAGCUGAACGGAGACCGAGAUGAAGAGUAUUUGUCCCCUGUGCAGCUCUCUCCCGUCCACAGCCACGAGCAGGACUACACUCUCAGACAUCCAGAGAAGCUGGAGGAGAGUGUUCUGUCAGACCAGUCCCCCCUGUCCUCUGGAGUGGACUCUGGACAGCAGUCCCCUGUCUCACCCGAGAACAGGAAGACUCACAGAGGCAUUAAGAAACUCUGGGGGAAGAUCCGUCGCAGUCAGUCAGGGAGUCCGGCCCAAGUUCACGACCCCGAGCUGGGAGAGUUCAAGCGGGGAGGCUUCAGAGCUACAGCUGGACCCCGACUCGCCCGUUCAGGAAACACACGGGACCUGAAGAUGCCUUUUUCUAAGUGGAGCUCACAGCAGGUGUGUGACUGGCUCGAGGAAAUUGGACUCGGUCAGUACGGCAUUCUGGCUUGCCAUUGGGUGACCAGCGGUGAUACUCUACUGUCGGCCACCCUGCAAGACCUAGAGAAGGAGCUGGCGAUGAAGAAUCCUCUCCACAGGAAGAAGCUGCAGUUAGCCAUCAAGACCAUCAGCAGCAAGCAGCCUGAGAAGUCUGCGGCGCUCGAUUACAUCUGGGUCACUCGCUGGCUCGAUGACAUCGGACUCCCUCAGUACAAAGACCAGUUUAACGAAGGAAGAGUGGACGGACAGAUGCUGCAGUACCUCACUGUGAACGACUUGUUGUUCCUGAAAGUGACCAGCCAGCUGCAUCACCUCAGCAUCAAGUGCGCCAUUCAUGUUCUCCACGUCAACAAGUUCAACCCCAACUGCCUGAAGCGCAGGCCCAGCAACGAGAACCAGUUCGCUCCCAGUGAGGUGGUCCAGUGGUCCAACCACAGAGUCAUGGAGUGGCUGAGAUCCGUGGAUCUGGCCGAGUACGCUCCAAACCUGCGUGGCAGCGGCGUGCACGGGGGGCUCGUCAUGCUUGAGCCUCGGUUUAACUCCGACACGCUGGCCAUGCUGCUGAACAUCCCUCCUCAGAAAACUCUGCUGAGACGCCACCUCGCCACCAACUUCAACAGCCUGGUGGGAGCGCAGGCUCAGCAGGAGAAGAAGGAGUACACGGAGGCGGCGGGGUACUCCCCGCUCAGCAUCACAGCCAAAGUCAAGCCGAAGAAACUGGGCUUCUCGAACUUGGCUCACCUCAGGAGGAGGCGGCCGGACGAAUCCACGGACUACGUGUGUCCCAUCGAGUCGUCCUCGCCUCAGUCCGCAGUGAACGGGGUGCAGGUGCGGCCCUACGCCGGCUUCAGAGGCCUGAGCCCGAUCCUGGACAGAGAGCCCGACCGAACCCGGGACCAGGUGGGACUCGGAGCCGAUCCAUCCCCAUGACAACAGCUGUGACAUCAGCCAAUCAGCAGCCACCGCUACUACUCUGCUAUUUUUUGCUUGCGGCCCAUAAUACCUCAGCCCGUCCCUGCUCCUCUAAACCCGUCAGCCCGACCCCCGUGCCUUACGAGCGAAGAGAUUCGCCCAGAAAAACCCGCCUGACUGUUUCUCCGUCACAGCUGCUUGUCAUGACGGGUGCACCGAGGCCACGAAUCUGCACACUCGAAAUAUUUUGGUUUCACAUCCAGUCAGACGCCUCACUAACCCGACCGCCUCAAAGCUGUGCCAUCAUCUAACUCAUCACGAGAGAACGCGGCGUCUCUCCGGACUCCACUUCCUGUGACGUCACCUCCUGUGAUCCAUACGCUGUUUAUGGAUUUCUCUUGUUGUACAGUAUUAAACCAUCGCUCUAACAUUUGUGCGCCACCGUUAGAUGAUUUUACACGUGUGUGAGUCCGUCAUCGCGUCAUUUACAACUUUUGAUUUCCCCGUUUAAUACGAUUCUGUCACGCUGAGAUGAACUUGUGCAAUAUUUGCAUAAUAUUAUGGAGGGCUUUUAUUUAAUAUUUAUGUCAUUGCUGAGCAAAAUCUAAAGUAGCAUGUUUAGUCUGAACCUGAGGUGGUGAUUUUGUACUGUUAUUUUCAUAUUUGCUGUAAUAGUAUUUUUAUAGUAAAAAAAAAAUCCUGCUCCGCUAAAGGAGGCUUAAACAUGUGUUCAUGUAAAUGUAAAAAGAUUUAUCAAAUCAUUUAAUAAACAAAAUCAUACGUGUGUAA